UUCUUUUGGUGGUAUUUAAUCACCUUUUUUUUAAAACAAACCAAAAACCACAGAAAUUUUGAAAAAAAAAACAAAACAUUUUUUCUUAGUUUUUGUUAUACAGUUUUGUAAAUAAGUGAUUUUUCUCCUUCACUGAUGUGCACUAAUGAGGCUGCAGUGAUGGGCACUGAUAGGCUACACUGAUAGCACUGAUCGGUGGCACUGAUUGGCAUUGAUAGGUGGCACUGACUUGCACUGAUGGGUGACAUUGAAAGGCA